ACAGGCAGUUAGAAGUUUUAAAGAUGAAUUGGCGCAACUAGCGGCGAUGAAUUUAAACUUACUAUUAUACAAUACGUGAGUCAAAUAAUUGUAAAAUUUGUGAAUAAUACAUUUUUCAUUCAUAUACUAUAAACGUACUGUUUAUACAAAACACAAAUUACAAUUUACUGAAUACACGAGAUGUUAUAGAAAAUCAAUUCUCAAAUAGUAAAAAUAAUGGAUUCUAACUGUAAAUUUCAACGGCCAAAACAUCCUAGGGCCAAUGCAAACGUCUUUGAGAUCAUCACAUAUAGCUGGAUAUUGGACCUUUUCAAAAUAGUAUUCAAUAGAGACAUAGAAAUAAAUGAUUUGUAUAUACCUUUAAAUGAACAUAAGUCUUCAAAAUUAGGAAAUGAUUUAGAAAAGAAAUGGAGACUAGAACUGGCUCUCGCAAAUAAUGGGAACAGAAAACCUAGUUUGUUAAAAUCCUUAAUCAUGUUGUUUGGAACUAAGAUAAUGUUUCGGGGAUUAAUUCUCAGCAUCAGUGAAAUUAUUUUUAAGAUGUGCCAACCUAUAUUUAUUGGUAAAUUACUAUUAUAUUUCAAUACCGAAGAGCAAAAAAAAAUCGAUUCAAAAUAUGCAUACAUUUACGCUACCUGUUUAACGAUAUGCACGUUAAUCUCAAUGAUCUUUUAUCAUAUAUCACUAAUGGACAUGAUUCACUAUGGGAUGAAGUUGAGGAUUGCUUGUUGUUCAUUAAUAUACAGAAAGGCUGUGCGGCUAAGUAGCACAUCAUUAGGUGAAACAUCUGUCGGUCGAGUAGUUAAUUUAUUAUCAAACGACGUAAAUCGGUUUGAUAGAGCACUAUUCUAUCUGCACUUUUUGUGGAUUAGUCCCCUGCAAACAAUAGUGGUUACAUACUUAUUAUGGCAAGAAAUAGGUGUAUCAUCAAUAUUUGGAGUUGCAACAUUGGUUAUGUUCAUUCCGUUUCAAGUGUGGUUUGGAAAAAAAAUUUCCAUAUUAAGAUUAAAGACCGCCAUUAGAACUGAUGAAAGAGUGCAUUUAAUGAACGAAAUAAUUUCGGGUAUUAAAGUUAUCAAAAUGUAUACAUGGGAAAAACCUUUCGAAAAUUUAGUGCAAUACGCAAGGAAAAUGGAAAUAAAACAAAUUCGAGGAUUGUCAUAUAUCACAGCAAUAUUCGUAUCUUUUACGGUAUUUCAUUCGAGGAUUUCUUUGUUUUUUAGUAUACUCGCGUAUGUUGUACUCGGAAACUAUAUAACCGCCCAAAAAGUAUUUGUCAUAACAGCAUAUUACAAUAUAUUACGAGUGUCAUUGACGAUUUUUUUCCCCCAAGCCAUUGCACAAACAGCAGAACUACUAAUGACUAUUAAAAGAAUUCAAGUUUUUUUGUCAUACGAAGAAAAAAAUAGUCWAGUGGUAAAUCUUUUAAACCAAGAAAACAUAACCACCAAUAAUGGUAUAAAAAAAUCUACAGUCAACUCAGCAUCAAUUACUACAAAUACUGACAAUGAAACGAUKCAAUCAAAUUAUUUGAGUAUAGUUAUUUCAAAUGCAACGGCCAAGUGGACUCAAAAUGAAAAUGAGAACUGUUUACGGCAUAUCAAUCUAACUGUAAGAUCUGGUCAAUUGGUCGCAGUUAUUGGACCUGUAGGAGCUGGAAAAAGUUCAUUAAUACAAUUGAUUCUACGAGAGCUACCACUUUCCGAAGGAAAAAUUUCAGUACACGGUAUACUUUCUUAUGCAUCCCAAGAACCGUGGUUAUUUGUAGGUUCUUUGCAAAAAAAUAUAUUAUUUGGUUCUCCAAUGGAUGAAAAUCGUUAUAAACAAGUAAUAAAUGUGUGUGCGUUGAAAAGAGAUUUUGAACAGUUUCCAUAUGGUGAUAAAACAAUUGUGGGAGAAAGAGGAGUAACUCUCAGUGGUGGACAAAAAGCAAGAAUCAAUUUAGCUCGAGCCAUAUAUAAACAAGCGGAUAUUUAUUUAUUGGACGAUCCUCUUUCAGCUGUCGACACACAUGUUGGCAAUCAUUUGUUUGAAAAAUGCAUUAAAGGUUUUCUUAAAGAAAAAACUUGUAUUCUUAUCACACAUCAAUUACAGUACUUGACGAGUGUAGAAAAAAUUGUUCUCAUGGAAAAUGCAAAUAUUAAAUCAGAAAAGGAAUAUAUUUCAAAUGGAUUAGCAGCUGUGGGAGUGUUCAUCGUUGUUGGAAUUGUCAACGAGUAUAUGACAAUAGCUGCCUUUUUUUUAGCUUUUAUAUUUUACAAAAUAAUGAUGUAUUAUUUAUUAUUAUCACGGAGUAUUAAACGGUUGGAAGGAAUUACACGAAGCCCUGUAUUCACACAUUUGAAUGCAACUUUACAAGGUUUAACAACAAUAAGGGCCUUUGAAGCAGAACAAAUAUUGACCAAGGAAUUUGACUUCCACCAAGACUUACAUUCUUCAGCUUGGUAUUUAUUUAUUGCAUUAAGUAGAGGUUUUGCAUUUUGGUUAGACAUUAUUUGUCUUGUAUACGUAAGCGCAGUUACAUUCAGUUUCGUCCAAAUUGGCAAUGGCGUAUUUAUUGGAAAUGUUGGCCUUGCCAUUUCUCAAGCGUUUGCGUUACAAGGAAUGCUUCAAUGGGGGAUGAGACAAACGGCAGAAUUAGAGAACAAUAUGACAGCAGUUGAAAGAGUCCUAGAGUAUACAAAUGUUACACAGGAAGAUGAGCAUGAAUCAACAGUAAACAACAAACUAUCUCCAAAAUGGCCUUCCGAAGGAAAAAUUAUAUUCAAAAAUUUUUAUCUACGAUAUGGACCAGAUACACCAUAUGUUUUAAAUAACCUCAAUAUAAACAUAGAAUCAAUGCAAAAAGUAGGAAUCGUUGGUAGGACUGGAGCAGGAAAAUCUUCUUUAAUUGCAGCCUUAUUUAGACUAUCUUUUAAUGAAGGUAAUAUCAUUAUUGAUGGCAUAGAAAUUCAUGAAAUUGGACUGCAUGAGUUGAGGUCUAAGCUUUCCAUAAUUCCUCAAGAACCAGUCCUAUUCUCGGGUACGAUGCGAAAAAAUUUAGAUCCAUUUGAUGAGUACCCAGAUCACAUACUUUGGAAUGCAUUAGAUGAAGUUGAACUUAAGAACGUUAUUGAAGAUUUGCCUGAUGCCCUUAAUUCAAAAAUGUCUGAAAAUGGCUCCAAUUUCAGUGUUGGUCAAAGACAAUUAAUAUGUCUUGCUAGAGCUAUAAUUCGAAAUAAUAAGAUUCUCGUUUUGGAUGAAGCCACAGCUAAUGUUGACCCACAGACAGAUGCAUUAAUUCAAACGACCAUUAGAACCAAAUUUCGAACAUGUACAGUCUUAACAAUUGCACAUCGUUUGAAUACUGUGAUGGACUCGGACAAAGUCCUUGUUAUGGACAAAGGAAAAGUGGUCGAAUUUGAUCAUCCGUAUAAUUUAUUACAAAAUAAAGAAGGUGUAUUUUUCAAAAUGGUGGAACAAACAGGACCGGCUUCAUCUGAUUUUUUAAAUAGAGUAGCUGCAGAGAGUUAUCAUUCUAARAAUUUGGCGACAGAACCAAAAUCCGAAUCAAUUGUCAGUGAUGCAGAUGGUAUUUCAAAGAAAAAUGUAUAAUACCAGUUUUGAUAGUGUCACAUACUAUUAUGUAUAUUAACCAUAAAAUCAUA